AAAACAUUUGAAUUUUUUAUUGGGAUCCAAAACGUCAAGAUCUAGUGAAAUUGCUGCGCGAGUGCUCCGCAAAAAAGGUGGAAUUUGUGUGAAAAAAAGUCGUGAAUGUAAAAUAAAUCACAUUUUCUCCAUCUCGUGUACCUCUGGCAUCCGCCACCUGCACACUCCCUUUGCACAUUUGUGUGCCCCCGUGGAAAAAACGCACACUUUUGGGACACCUGAAAAAAUCAUCUCGUCUCGCCUUUGUCGUACGAGGAGGACAAAAAAAAUACAAAAUCUCUUUUUUUCUGCUUUGGAGAUUUUGUGUGGAAUUGUAGGAGAGGCUCAUCUUGCGGGAAUAAUGUGCAGGGAAGGAAGCUAAGCGAAGGAAAAGUGUGUAAAGAGAGAGCGAGGAAAACUUCCUGUGCGGGAAAGGAGUGAGAUUUUGUUUUCUGUGGGGGAAAGUGUUGUGAGGAGAUUUUUUGAGGUGUGUGCGAAAAUUUUCAGCCAGAUGCAUCCGAGUGGCUGGGAAACACGUGAAAUUGGAAAGUGAAAUUGUGACCCAGAAUCCUCAGUGUGUGCGUGAUAGAAAGGAGGUAAAACAGUGGACCAGGGACAAGGCGAGAAGUCCGGGGAAUUUCCUCUGUAAAGAAGAAGAGAAUUUUGCGUCCACCAUUCCUAUUUCUCUUCUGAUUCAACUCAACAUUCUCCCUUGGGCGCAAUUCUCAAUCAAGCAGAAGUGUGAAAUUGUGAUUAGUUGUCCUCAUAGACGAAAAUGCUAUUAAUAACCAAAUUGAAUCACUAAAAGAGAGUCCAAGGAAGAAGCAGAAGACUCUCCUCACAGCUCGAACGACCUUCCUUCCUGUCCGUGCAGUCCAAGUGGAAGAUUUUGUUGGGUUUUGUUUUUUUGGCCAGGAGGCUGCAGUGAAAGAUUGACGACAAAAUGCCCGGAUUAAUUGGUGUGGGGGAAUUUGUGGAUGAGACCCGUGAUGACUACAAUUCCCCAACAACAUCCACCUUUGUCUCCCGUAUGCCACAGUGUCGACAAACCAUAACUGCCCUCGAAGAGACACUGGAAUUCGACAGGGAAGGACUGACGAAGCUCAAGAAGGCAAUUAAAGCCAUUCACAAUUCUGGAAAUACUCAUGUGGACAAUGAGAUGUGCCUCGUGCGAGCACUUGAGAGACUGGGUAGUGUAGCACUAUCGAAGGAGGAACCCGACAUUGGGGCUGCUUUCCUCAAAUUUUCCGUCGUGACCAAAGAAUUGAGUGCCCUCAUGAAGACUCUCAUGCAGAAUAUCAGCAAUAUUGUCAUGUUCCCCGUGGAUUCAUUCCUCAAAUCCGAACUGAGGGGUGUCAAGGGGGAGAUGAAACGUCCUUUUGACAAAGCUGCCAAGGAUUAUGAAUCGAAAUUCCUCAAGAUUGAGAAGGAGAAAAAAUCCCAAGCAAAGGAAGCAGGAUGGAUUAGGACAGAGGUGACACCUGCUGAAAUUGCUGAUGAAAUGGAAAAGGAACGUCGAGUCUUUCAGAUUCAAAUGUGUGAAUAUUUGAUAAAAUUCAAUGAAAUCAAAACAAAGAAGGGAAUUGAAUUACUUCAGCAUCUUGUGGAAUACUACCAUGCUCAGAAUAACUACUUCAAGGAUGGCCUGAAGACAAUUGCCCACUUUGGUACGUAUAUUGAUGAUUUGAGUGCAAAACUGCAGAGUAUAAAGCAGAAGCAGGAUGAGGAGAGGAAGCGUCUACUGGAGCUUCGUACCCUUUUGCGGAGUACACCGGAUUUUGAUCGUGUUGAACAUGUUGCCACGGAUAAGGGGGCUGGGUAUUCACUUCAUCAGCUGCAGGGUGAUAAGAAUCACGGGAUAACACGAUCGGGGCAUUUGCUGAAGAAGAGUGAAGGGAAGGUGCGUCGUGUGUGGCAGAAACGACGUUGUCGUGUCACAGCGGAUGGGUUCUUGGACAUUUGUCAUGCAGAUGAGACCAAACCACCCACCCGUGUGAAUUUGCUAACGUGCCAGAUAAAACCGGUGCCGGAUGAUAAGAGGGGCUUUGAUCUCAUCAGCUACAAUCGUCCCUAUCACUUUCAAGCUGAAGAUGAGGCCGAUCAGAAGGCUUGGAUGGCGGUGUUGGUGAAUUGCAAAGAGAAAGCUCUGGCAAAAGCAUUCCAACAUGCAAAUCCACAAAUGUCACCGAGUUUAAUUGAGCUGCAAAAGACAGUGAUACGGUAUGUGCAGAAUCUACCGGGGAAUGAUCAAUGUUGCGAUUGUGGCUCAAGGAAUGAUGUUACGUGGAUUAGUUUGAAUUUUGGCAUACUCGUGUGUAUUCAAUGUUCGGGCGUUCAUCGGGAUUUGGGUGUGCACCAUUCACGCAUACAGAGUCUCACGCUGGAUAAUCUCACCACGGCACAUCUACUCAUAGCACGUGCCAUGGGGAAUAAUCAGUUGAAUGAAGUUAUGGAGGCUACAUUGGGGAAGAUGAAGCUGACGCCUGAGAGCACAAUGGAGGAACGGUAUGAUUUUAUUCGUGCAAAAUAUGUGGCAAAACGCUAUGUGAUGCGUACAUGUGCUGAUGAUCGGGAUUUACGUGCUGAUCUUGAGCAGGCUAUCAUUAAUGCCGAUAUGAGUUUAUUGUUGCAAGUUUGGGCCGAAGGGGCGGACUUUACGUGCGUCCUGCCAUCGUCGGAUUUCGGGGAGACUGCCCUGCAUUUGGCUGUUUUGCGCGAAAUGGGCUCAAGUUUGCACAUUGUGGACUUUUUGAUACAAAAUAUGCCAGCACAUGGACUCAAUAAGGCAACAAAUCCCCCGGGGCCCAUGGAUAUGUCCGGGAAAAAUACUCCAUUGCACUUGUGUGCUCUACACGAUCGCCAGGAGUGCAUGAAGCUCCUUCUACGUUCAGGAGCUGAGUAUGAAUUGCGGAAUUCCCUCAAUAAGACUCCCCUGGAUAUUUCCAAGGAGAUGGGACAUGAUGCGUGCAAAGAGUUGAUUGAGUGUGCCAUAAGACGGGAGAAGAGUGCUUUUGAUCACAUAAAUACUGAUUGGAAUCUCCCACCGGAUGAUGGGAGUACGGAUUUCAGUGAUGACGACACAGUCAUUGAUGAAAGGAAAUCCCGUAGUCGUCCACCGAGCUAUGCUGGUGGGGAUUCACCGGUAGCCCUUCGUUCGCGUUCCUCAACAUGCGACAGCAUCCAAAGUGGCUCUAGUCCAAGCUCAAGCUGCAAUCCCCGUGCUGGGACAAGUCCCAAAAAUCAAAUGUGCUUCCCCACACCCGGUGGGGGAUCCAGCCCGAAUUCCAUGAGUGCCAUGAAGGUGCCAACACAGGGGCAACCACGGAAAUCUAAUGUAGCCACCGGUGCUGGGGGCACUGCUGUUGGAUCACUCAAAAAACGCACAGCACCUGCCCCACCACCCACAUCAAUUCAGCAACAAUCCAUCUACGGAACACUCCCGCAUGCACAACGUCAUGUGGAAUCCAGUGAAGCGCGAUCCGGAGCUUCGACGCAAAAGAACACGGAGAUGUACAGUACACUGCCACACCUCCGGAAUGCAUCGUCUGUGGACAGUGGUGGUGGCGGUGGUACCGGGGGGAAACCCACAAUGGCAUUCCACUAUGAUAAUAAGACAUAUGAGCGCUUUGAACCACUCAUGCCGGCCUCGCAGCAAGCGCGGUAUGAUAAGCACAAGUACGAGGCCACAGCUGAGACAUCUGGGAAUCUCCUGUCAUGCUAUGGUGGUACCCACAAACGUUCCCCAAGUGGAGAAUCCAUUGGUAGUCGAAAUAUUCAUUUGGCUGGUGCAAAGCUUGUCCUGCCAACUGGAGAAAUUCCCACAUUAAAGCCCGUGGAUAAGAAUGUCUUGCGACCACGACUCCCACCGCCUGGACCACCAAACAAUGGCCACGCCACUUCGUUGGAUUGCGGCAUGUCUAAUGGGCAGUCAAAUGAGAGUAUCAGUUCAUUGGAUGAUGGAGGCCCAAUUGCACCACCGAGGAAGCGUAAAAGCACGAGAUUGGCAUCAGUGAAAAAACCCAUAAAUUUAAUGUUAAUGGAUCAACAGCAAUCACCUUCGCGUGGGAGUGACUUUGGUGAUUUAUUGGAUUACUCAAGAUCACUGGAUUUGGAUUUGUCAUCGGGACUGCUGGAUAAUUCGUUGGAUACAAGUGGAGGUGGGCAGCUAACGAUAGACACAUCGUCACCAAAUUAUGGGCACUACAAGGCGUCCGCAGUUAGCAAAGGGAGCAACCAUUUGCAGGGCUACACCACGAGUGGGUACAGAAGAUGUCGUGCACUGUACGAUUGCAAUGCCGACAAUGAUGAUGAGUUGGAAUUUAAGGAAGGAGAAAUUCUCAUAGUGCUCAAUGAGAAGACUGACGAUGAAAAUUGGAUGGAGGGUGAAAUUGAGGGCGACAGCACCCGUCGUGGGAUGUUUCCUGUCAGCUUUGUCCACAUGCUCCCGGAUUAGAGGGCCAACAAUUAAUAUUUCCUUUUGCUCACAAACGUUUUCACAAAAACCACAUCACAAUUUUACGCGGGGGCGUCUUGAGAAAGAAUUUAUAUGAGUUUAUUGA